UUCUUUUCCGUAAACAAUUUGAAAGCGAGCAGCGAGAGUCAAAACAGCGUCCGGAUAAAUAUAAUGUAUAAAUAAAGGAUAUUUAGGCUGUUAAAAGACUGAUUUAGUUCACCUUUACUAACUGAAUGUAUUUUCUACUUUUUUCUGUGUGGGCUUGUUUAUCAACAUGUCAUUGCUUCAUCGGAAACGAUGAGAAGAACGAGAACCACUGUGAUCUUCUGAAACGGCAGCUUGAAUCCUCACUAGUUUCAGUGGAGAUCAUCAAGAAAGGUUUCCACAGGGAGCUGGUGACCUCUGUUCAGCUCAGCCCAGAUGUGCUCAGUGGGCUCAGAGUCCUGCUGGUCCAUCAAUGGCCCAGAGGGGUCUAUGUAGACCCGUACCAGCUCGCAUCCCUGAGACAGCAAAUGGAUUGGCAGAUAUUACUUGAUUCAGCCAUUGAUCUGGAGCUGCCCGCUCACAAGACUACAGGAUUUGUCAGCUAUGUGUUUCCUGCUGAUGGACCGACUCCCAGAACACUGAAGGUAACGAUUCCUGUCCACAGUCGAUACCACGAGCCGUCUGCUGCUGGAGAAACAUUCACAUCCAUCCAUAUCGAAGCUCCAGAGCUGCUGCUGCGCACCGAACAAUGUCGUCAGUUCGACAGUUUAUCACGUCACACUGUGGUGGACGCUCCAUGCACUGCUGACAACUCCAGCUCAUGUCAGUGGGUUAAACUCCAGCCUCAGCAGGAGCGAGUCCCGCUGAGUGUCCAGGUUCCGGUGGGUGACGGGUCUUUAGUGGCUCCUGUGUGUGCAGGAACUCUCCUCGUCACGAUGCUCUGCUGCGUCUCUCUGUCCAGACACAUGUGGAAACAUCGAACCAUUUAACUGUGAUGGUCAACACACUGGAUCUCUCCUAAAGUCAUACCAGUUCUGUCUGAUAUCAGGAUCAUUCUAGCAUCAUUAUGAUCAAAGUUAUCAACAUAAAAAAGUACAGCACAUAAAAUAUCAGUUCAAUCCAGAUAAAACAGCUUUAUUUCCCAGAGAACACAAGAAGACGACACUUAUUUAUUUAAACACUUAACUCAUGAAUGUCCGUGGCCACAGGUCAUGUCAGACUGUCCCAUAUCACUGCUGUUAACAAAA